CCAAUUGUGCUCAUUUUUUUACGUUUGGUCUUAAAGAAAGUAGAAAAUCAAUAAGUUUAAGCAAUAAACUGGUCUAAAUAUUUACAAAAUCAUAGCUAGCAUGCACAUAAAAGCAACAGCAACUGCAACAUAAAGCCAAAAACCCCAUAAGAGAAGUGCAAGUACCUUGUUGUAAGGCGAUAGGAAGGAGAAGCAGAGCGAAUCUUUUACUGUAUUCAGACUACAUUUUUAGCACCAAGGAAAACCACAAAAGGCAAAACAAAAUGGGAAACGAAACGUCGCUGCCAAUGGAAAUGUGCUCCAAUUUCGAUGCCGAUGAAAUACGUCGUCUGGGCAAACGUUUCCGCAAGUUGGAUUUGGACAACUCUGGCGCACUGAGCGUGGAUGAGUUUAUGUCUUUGCCGGAAUUGCAGCAGAAUCCCCUCGUUCAACGUGUCAUUGAUAUUUUCGAUGCGGACGGUAAUGGUGAAGUAGACUUCAAGGAAUUCAUUCAAGGCGUCUCACAGUUUAGUGUCAAAGGCGACAAAUUAUCAAAGCUGCGCUUCGCUUUUCGCAUCUAUGAUAUGGAUAAUGACGGCUAUAUAUCCAAUGGCGAGCUGUUUCAGGUUUUAAAGAUGAUGGUUGGCAAUAAUCUUAAGGAUACCCAAUUACAACAAAUUGUUGAUAAGACAAUCGGUUUCGCGGACAAAGAUGAGGAUGGCAAAAUCUCUUUCGAUGAAUUUUGCUCGGUUGUUGGAAACACGGAUAUACACAAGAAAAUGGUUGUUGAUGUUUAAAAUAAAUAGGUAUAAAAUGUAAUUUUUAUAUGCAUAUUUUUUCAGUAGAUACUAUUUAUUAUGAAUGCUUUGUUUAUUGGUUUUCAUUUUGUUGAAAUAUUUUUUUGUUCAGAACUUUCUAGUUACAUUUUGUUAUAAGCUGUACGAGUCAACAUCAAAAACUUUUCACAGCUACUAGUGAACUAAUGCGGAAUGGUUUUAAUUGCUGAUUUUGCAAAACUCACUCAAACAUGAAUAUCACUUUUUCUAAAAGAAAGCAAAAAACAAUUUUCAAAAAGUUGUAAUCUUAAGUCGUGAAGUGAAACAUGAUUUAUACAUACAUAUUUACAUGAUAGGCAAAGUGAAAUGAAGUUAUGCGCCUCCUACGUACUUCUUAAAUAUAUAAAAUAUAUAUAUAGUCAUAAUUUAUUAUACAAAAAUAUACUAUAUAUAUAAAUAUACUUAUAAAAAUACA